AUGCUGGUACAGGACCGAAUCGAAAAGUCGUUAACACUUAUUUUAAAAAAUCAAAAGAGAAUAGCUAGAACUAUAAAUAAAAACAAUAUAUCAGUACUUUUGGACAUGCCAGAAAUGACUCAAUCAUCAUCCAAUGAACCUUCUUCCAAUGUAUAUGUACGUUCCGAUGGGCUUGAAAUUGAUAUGAUGUCGAUACCCUGUUCAUUAAAUAAAGUUACUGAUUAUGUGAACAAGGCUGUUGAUCGUGUUUUUGUUAAUAUUAAUGAACUCAUUGCACUUGAUCCUAUCAAAGAAUCAAUCGAUAAUGAUGAGCGUGUAAAAGCAAUUAAAGGUACAUUCAUAAGAAUUAUGAACAAAUUUCAAUUUAAUCUAUAGCUAACUUAAUAUUUACCAUGACAUAUUUGAUUAUCAUAUUAUUGUUCUUCUAUGUUCAUAAUUACAUUUUUCUCAUGUGUUUGUAGCUGGUGUUCAAGCUAAAUAUCGACUUGACAACACAGAAAUCGAGGCUAUUUGGCCAACGUUACAUGAUUGUAUACUCUUAAAGCGACGCAAUACCAAGAAGAAGAUGUUACGGGCAUUGCAACCUAACCCUUUCGGGACCGGUGACGCUUUAAAGCGUCAUUGAAAUUUUACAUGAUCUGACGCAAGUGAAUUUGGAUUUUUUUCUGGGUCUUUUCGAAGUAAAUGUUGCGGUUGCU